GUUGCACACAAUUUUUUGCCAAAUCUUUGGUAUCUCCAGUGUACUUCAAUGGAAAUUGGAAAGUUUGUUAAUGGUCACGUGAUUGAGACAAUGAUCAAUAUCAGGUUGCUACUAGCUGUUUGCACAACCUUCUUUGUAUUAUACCUCUUAAGCUCUUCUUCACCAACAAAACUUAUGCAAUCCCUCACUGGUGAAAAUCCUGACAGUAACUGUUCCUGCGUCUACAAAAAUGUUGUGCAUGAUUUUUGUUACCAUUUGCCUAGAGACUGGGCAAUCAAAGGAAAACGCUUUAGUUGCAAAUUCUCUUCAUAUCUUGACGAACUUGGAAUGUUGUCGACAGCAAAAGUUAUUGAUCUGAAAUCAGAGGAGAUGCCUAGGCCCCCAUUCGUGACCGCCAUGUCUGAAAAUCACUAUUUGGAGGGACUGACACUGAUUGCGAACUUCCGCAGGCUCUGGCCACGUCAGGAAGUAAUUGUUUACGAUUUGGGUCUCACAUCGAAAUCAAAGAAGGAACUGCAAAAAAAGUGCCUGGUGAAAGUGCGCAGUUUUCCAUUUGAAGCUUAUCCGCAUUACGUAAAUGAUUUAACGCAGUACAGAUGGAAACCCCUUCUCAUAGCAAUGAUGUUGAAAGAGUUUGGCGCCUUAUGGUACAUGGAUACUUCUGUGCGAUGGAGAAGCGAUCGACGUGACAUCGUGUACAGUGAGAUCACCUGCCGUAAGAAAGCUUGGAAAACGAGUCGUUCUUCCCUGCUACAACAGCCAUUCCACAGUGCAGAAAGCCUGCUUUCCUGCUUCACUUUUACUCGAGCCAUAGCAUUUUUGCCGUUACUCAUCCAGUGUAAAGAUUGGCUUCGCUUGGUCAGGACGGUACGUAGGAGUUUAGUAUGGAUGUACAGCUACAUUCCAACGGAUAUUGGUAAGAUUAAGGCGACUGAGAAUCUCGAUGCUAACUUCGCAUUUGUUGUUAGAACUGCAGACGCUCUUGAACUGCUGAAAUGGUAUGUCUUGUGCGCACUUGAAGAAGAUUGCAUGGCGCCUUAUAAAGCCAAAUUGAUCUGCAAGUUUCAAAAAAACGACCGUUAUAACAGUUAUGCGGGUUGUCACAGGUAUAAAUUGUUCCACAUGUUUUUUCAUGUCUGA